ACGUGAUGUCAGAACGCCGUUGAGCUAAAAAAAAAUGUUAGCCUGUGUUGUUAAGUCUGAAAGCUACAGGGGAUUUGCCAGACGGAAAUAAUACCGUUCUAUCGCCUAGAAACACAUGCACAGCCCACAUAUUAGCGUAGCGCGUUUUUAUACGUUUUUCUCUCCGCUUGAAGCGAGCGUCUUGGGUUUAUCCUGGAGAAAGUUCGUUGGUUAUUUUGUGGGAGUGAUGUCGAAUCCUGGGACUCGAAGGAACGGGUCAAGCAUCAAAAUCCGACUGACAGUAUUAUGUGCCAAGAAUCUGGCAAAGAAAGACUUCUUCCGUUUGCCUGAUCCUUUCGCCAAAGUGGUGGUGGAUGGCUCGGGUCAAUGUCACUCUACAGACACGGUCAAAAGCACAUUGGACCCCAAGUGGAAUCAGCAUUACGACCUGUAUAUUGGGAAGACCGAUUCCAUCACCAUUAGCGUUUGGAACCAUAAGAAGAUCCAUAAGAAGCAGGGUGCGGGUUUCUUAGGCUGUGUGCGACUCCUGUCCAAUGCCAUCAGCAGACUAAAAGACACAGGCUACCAGCGUUUAGACUUAUGCAAGUUGAACGCAUCUGACAGUGAUGCUGUCCGUGGACAAAUUGUUGUGAGUCUGCAGACCAGAGACAGAAUCGGCAGUGGAGGGCCUGUGGUCGACUGUAGAGGACUGGUAGAGAAUGAAGGGCCAGUCUUUGAAGACUCGGGGCCCGGACGGCCUCUCAGCUGCUUCAUGGAGGAGCCCAUGCCAUACACGGAUCCGACAGGAGCCGCUGGCGGGGGCAACUGCCAUGCACUUGAGUCACCAAAUCAGGAGCAACGGCUCCAAGCACAACGCAUCAGAAACCAAGAUUCCCGAGGGCACGCACACACCCCCCAAAAUAGACCACACGGACACCAGUCCCACCUCCCUGAGGGCUACGAGCAAAGGACCACCGUGCAGGGCCAAGUCUAUUUUCUGCACACACAGACUGGCGUGAGCACCUGGCAUGAUCCCAGAAUACCCCGGUGUACCAACAUCUCUUUAAGGGAUUUGAACAGCGUGAGUUGUGAGGAGCUGGGCCCUCUGCCACCCGGCUGGGAGAUCAGGAGCACUGUGUCAGGACGAAUUUAUUUCGUCGACCAUAAUAAUAGAACCACGCAAUUCACUGACCCCAGGUUACACCACAUCAUGAGCCAGCAGUCUCAGGGGAAGGAGUCGAGCCAGCCUCUGCCUGUACAGAUGGAGGUUGGUAUGGAGGAGGGUGAAGGGGAGCUACCAGUGCGCUACGAGAGAGAUCUGGUCCAGAAACUUAAAGUUCUCCGCCAUGAGCUCUCCCUGCAGCAGCCUCAAGCUGGCCACUGCCGCAUAGAAGUGUCCCGUGAGGAGAUCUUUGAGGAGUCUUAUAGACAGAUCAUGAAGAUGAGACCCAAAGACCUGAAGAAGCGGCUGAUGGUGAAGUUCAGAGGAGAGGAGGGGCUAGAUUACGGUGGAGUUGCUAGGGAAUGGUUAUAUCUCCUCUGCCAUGAGAUGCUGAAUCCAUACUACGGUCUGUUUCAGUACUCCACCGAUAACAUCUACACACUACAGAUCAACCCAGACUCGUCCAUCAACCCUGACCACUUGUCUUACUUCCACUUUGUUGGGCGGAUAAUGGGUCUGGCUGUUUUCCACGGGCACUACAUCAAUGGAGGCUUCACCUUGCCCUUCUACAAGCAGCUCCUGGGAAAGCCCAUCCAGCUUUGUGACCUUGAGACUGUGGACCCAGAGCUGCACAAGAGCCUCGUCUGGAUACUAGAGAAUGACAUCACAUCUGUUUUGGACCACACCUUCUGCGUAGAACAUAAUGCUUUUGGCAAAUUCCUCCAACAUGAGCUGAAACCAAACGGCAAGAACAUCCCAGUCACAGAGGAGAAUAAGAAAGAAUAUGUGAGGCUGUAUGUCAACUGGAGAUUCAUGCGAGGCAUUGAGGCCCAGUUCCUCGCUCUGCAGAAGGGCUUCAACGAACUUGUACCACAGCAUCUGCUCAAGCCUUUUGACAACAAGGAACUUGAGCUGAUCAUUGGUGGUCUGGGCAAGAUCGAUCUGAGCGACUGGAAGGCCAACACACGGCUGAAGCACUGUGUGGCUGACAGUAACAUAGUGAAGUGGUUCUGGCAGGCGGUGGAAUCGUUUGACGAGGAGAGGAGAGGCAGACUGCUACAGUUCGUCACAGGCUCCACACGCGUCCCUCUACAAGGAUUCAAAGCACUGCAAGGUUCUACAGGUUCUGCAGGACCAAGACUCUUCACUAUUCAUUUAAUUGAUGCCAACACAGACAACCUGCCCAAAGCCCACACAUGCUUCAACCGGAUCGACAUCCCGCCUUACGAGUCAUACGAGAAGCUCUACGAGAAGCUCCUGACCGCCGUGGAGGAGACGUGUGGCUUUGCAGUGGAGUGAGCGAGUGCCCUGUCCAACCAGCCAGCAAUGGCAGCAAACCCACCAAACAGCCCCAGCCACCCCUUUCACCCCCCUCCCCCUCUCCAGGACAGACGGACUGGUGUCUCCUGACAGCCUUCAGCAUCAACCGCCAGCCUGAAACUGCAGCGGAGGGGAGCGACCACCCAAGGGCAAAACUCUCAAAGACUAAUGAUUCCUCGCAACGUGAAUCGGGAAUUGUUUCACAUUACCACAAUAAGUUACAGAGAAAUCUGGUCAACGUUUGUUUUGUUUCUCGAAAGUCCAGUUCAUAUCGUCUUUGUCACUGAAGCGGCGGGUUGAGAGCGUCUGACUGGAAGCCUCGCUGAGCCUGCGGUCUACAUGAAGUAGAGCUCACGUUUUAGUCUGGGUGGACUAUUUUAACAUACACCGAGCCUGUGACCAUUAAACCAGUUUACCUACAGCAAAUGCAUCUUGGGACAUGGUUGGUCUGCGUUGUAAUGUUUGCGAUCGUCUCCUCUUAUUUCCUUUUUUACUUUAUUUCCUUGCGUCCUGUUCAGUGCUGUAGAAUGCCAUUUCAGUGGUAUUCGAUUUCCUGCACUCAUCAGCGUUCUCGUUGUAGAAAUUAAUAAUUAUUUUUCUUUUUUUGUCUGAGAUCAAGAACAUGCAUGAGUCUUAGUCCUGUUGUGGAAACAGUGAAUGUCACAGCGCCCCAUGUGUUAAUGUUCUUCAGCUGAAGCACAACGAUCGUGUGCAGUCUAGAGAAGAGCCAAAGCCCUGGCAAGCCAGUAUUUUCAUCAGAUGAAACCUUGUUUUUAUGCAGCGAGCAUUCCUCUGUUCUCAACAGAAGGCAUAUUUUUAAAGGUAAUGUUUAAUGAAUGGUGUUUUAAUAGGCAGAUUUUGAAGCAAAACUUUCUGAUCCAUUGUGUCCGUUAACACACCAGAAAUGGAUCCCUAAGUGCAGCUUUGCAAAGGAAGUGGAUGUUGAAUGUUUUGAAGAAGCUCUUUUUGUCAUUCGUAUUUGAUGGACCCUGAUUAAUCUCUAAUGAAUCCUGCCAUUAUCAUGUGGUAACUUGGCAUUAACCAUUUUAACUUGAUGUACCAUGAAAUUCAACUCUAGACUGUUAUUUGUGUGUCUUUUUCAUUUAAACCACUGCUUCAAGUAACAUUCAGCACUUUGGCUGGCGUCAUGGAGCGUUUAUUCCCCUGCAGGUGAAUGUUGAUGCCCUUCGGCUUCGGAGUGGGGUUUGGUCCAGGUUUUGUUGUGGUGAAAGAUCAGGGGAGUGUCUCAGAUUUCAUUAUGUUGCAUGGCACCAAAUUAUUCUUUGUAAAUGGAAAGGAUGAGACAACCUCAUAGUGUUCAUUCAACCACUUUUGUCUUUUUUUCUUUUGUCUUUUUUUUUUUUUUUAACCAAUUAUUUAUUACCAUGUAAUGUCCUUUUAAGUAUUGCUGCUAUUACCAUUAUUCCAUAGUUUUCAGAGAAGGCCGAGUUCUUGUGAAAGCUGUACACUAAUCUCUUUUAUUUUAUGUAUGAAUCAAAGUAUUUAAACCUGCUGCUGAUUCUUCAGGACGUUAAGAGGACGGGUUCACCCCAACUUUGACUUGGAUGGAGUUAGCAAAAGUAGGCAGGGCCCCGGUGGUCAUGUUCAUAUUUGUGAUAUAUGCAAUAAAAUCCAUCACCCUUAUAUUCUUGGUUCUGUCUUAAAAUGUCUCUUUUCUCACUUAAUGUGUGUUGGAUCGGUCAGAAUUUGUGUCUUUGACAAGUGUUCUGUUUUUCCAUAAGACCGGGAAAUGCCUAGAGCAGUGAACCAUUUUUAAACUUGCAUAAAAGACAAAAGAGGAGACGUUUAAUGUUGUGUAAUUGUGGGAAUAGCUAGUGAGCUUGAAGAAUGAGUAUGGACUUUGCCUGAAGUUACAGUUGUUUUCAUAUUUCUCAGUAAUGUGACCAGUAUCAUCACAUUGUACAAUUAUUAGGUCCUGAGUGUCAUUGUUUAUUCGAUGCAAGAGUAAUGUAUCUUACUAUGUACUAAACAUUUCUGAAAAAUUCAGUGUAAAUAAGAUUAUAUUAAAGAAACUAAAUUGCA